AUGACAGUUCCGUAUGCUUGUGAUGUUGCUUCUUCUGAUAAAAUUGGUAUGCUAAAAAUUCUAUUCAAGUGGAAUGGAUCUAUUUGGAAGUCUGUAAUCUUAGAAUUGUUUGUUUUCAUGAUAGCAUACGCUGGAGUUGCUGUUUUGAUAAGAGAAAUUUUAACAGAUACUCAACGAAUAAAAUUUGUAGAGAUAAGAUCGCAAUUGUCAGAGUGUCUUAAACGUAUUCCAUUAGUUUUUUUACUUGGUUUCUUUGUUUCUGUUGUCUUUAAUCGUUGGGUUGACAUGUUUAAAAAGAUAGGUUUUAUUGAUAAUAUAGCUUUAAUCUUGGCAUGUCAUAUACCUGAUGGUACUCAUGAAACACAUCAAAGAAAGAGAAAUAUUAUAAGAUAUUGUGUUUUAUCACAAGCUUUGGUUUUUCGUGAUAUUUCAAUACAGGUAAAAAAACGACUACCAACAGAUGAAUCUUUAAUUGACUCUGGAUUGAUGACACGUCAAGAGUAUCUUAUUUAUAAAAAAGAAGAAGAUAAUCCUAAAUAUUGGAUGCCUAUACAAUGGGCUAUGGCUGUUUGUUAUGAUCUUAGAUAUAAACAUAAUGUUAUAAAAAGUGAUCCAGUUUUACUAAAUAUUGUUGAUAGGAUUAGAGAUUUUCGUACUGAUUUACAGGGAUUACUUUGUUAUGAUUGGGUACCGGUACCUUUAAGUUACCCACAAAUUGUUUAUCUUGUUGUUAGAGUUUAUUUUAUUAUUUCUGUUUUUGCUAGGCAAGGAGUUGACCGUGAUAGGAUUGAUCAUUAUGUACCUUUUAUGACAAUACUUGAAUUUUUAUUUAUUACUGGUUGGGUUAAAGUUGCUGAAGCUUUAUUAAAUCCUUUUGGUGAAGACGAUGAUGAUUUUGAAACUUUUUGGUUUUUGGAAAGAAAUUUAUCUAAAGGUUUAGAAAUUGUAAAAUGUAGAAGUGGUCCACAAAAUGAUCAAGAGGAUGUAUUUGAUGAAACAACGUUAGCAAAACCAUUUCCUGUUAAAACUAAAUGUCAACCAAGAAGAAAUGUUCAUCCUUAUAAAGGAUCAGCAGCUAUGUUAAAGUUAGAACAAACAGCAAAUGAUAUGAAAAAUAUUGUUACUGGAUCAUUAUUUAGUCAUGAUAAUAAAAUAAGCCCAAUAGAAACACAUCUUAAAGAUUCAAUAAAAAGAAUUCGCAAUAUAAGUUCAUCAAUUAUUGAAAUUAAUGAAAAUGAUCAUCAUAAUUUAGAAUCAAAUUCAGUUCCACAAUCUCCAACUAUAUUAAAAAAAAACUUGUCAAAAACAACUGAAAAUAAUUUUGAUCUAGCAAUAUCAGAUAAAUCAAAAGAUUCAAUUAUUAAAAGUGCUUUACCUCUUUUCACAGUAUUAGAGAACCAAUCACCAAUGAAUACUAAUAUUGAAACUCAUGAUAUAGAAAGAAAAAAGUCGGCAUAA